UGUAAGAACAUCCUACAGCGAUUGUAGCAAGUGUGUUUAGCGCCUUUAUACAUCAUUUAAUAGUUUGGGUCAGUAUAGACGAAUGUACGGUCUAUUCUUCCCACCGAAAUAUUCGUUCGUCUUUCCGGAAUAGGUGGGUUUUAUUGUGGUGUUUUCUUUGGGUUCUGGAGCGCAUUUUAGGGCCCAAAAGAGAAUAUGUCUGCAGAGGAGGCGGAUAAAACCACCACCACUGAUGCGAGCGCAGGAGACGAGGAGGAGGAAUGGCUGUACGGAGAGGAGGAUGAAAGUAAGGACACUGAAGAAGAAGAGGCCAAAUUGACUGAAGCUAUCAGUGCAACCCCUUCCACUCCUGUUACAGAGGAGGCCCCAACUACUACUGAAAAUGGAGAGGCCAGUCAGGUAACAAGCAAGACCACCGAGGAAGCACCUGGAGAUGAUGAAGACAGUGAAAGUGAUAGUGAUGAUGACGACGAUGAUGUCCGUGUCACCAUUGGAGACAUCAAAACAGGAGCACCACAGUACACAGCAUAUGGAGGAGCUCCAGUGAAUCUGAACAUAAAGACAGCUGGCAGCAGACCAUAUGGAGCAGGAACCAAAGUGAAGGGUGUGGACCUCGAAGCUCCGGGCAGCAUCAAUGGCGUUCCAGUCCUGGAAGUGGACAUGGAGUCCUUUGAGGAGAAACCAUGGAGAAAGCCAGGUGCUGACUUGUCUGACUAUUUUAACUAUGGUUUUAAUGAGGACACAUGGAAAGCAUACUGUGAAAAGCAGAAGAGGCUGCGCAUGGGCCUCGACAUUCUCAACAUUGGAUCCACCACCAGCAAGAUCUCUGUUCAGCAGGGUCGCACAGGUAACAUUGAGAAGGAGAUCACACUACCAGCUCAUGCAUCUAAAACAGACUUUACCUCUCCAUCCACCCUAUAUAAAACAGGACUGAACCCGGCUAGGAUAUCCCCUCCACAGUGGGCAGGGCCUGCCACCCAAGAAAUGCCCUAUUAUACAAAGACAAGCGGUACAAUAGAUGUGAUUGGCGGAGGAUGUGCCACCAUUAGCAGAGUGGAGGGACGCCGUCGCCACAAUCUGGAGGGGAAUAAUAUCCAGGUGAUCUCGGAGCACCCCAGCUCAGAUACUGAACCUGCAGUGGCUAAGAUGCCGCCUCCUUUCUUUCCCCCGGGGCCACUCCCCCCAAAUAUGCCCCCUCCUCCAUUCCUCCCACCUCCUGUCAGCCAAGCUCCACCUCUAAUUCCGCCUCCACGGAUGCCCAUCACUGUUCCUCCACCAAACUUUCCCCCUCCCACAGGAGGACCUCCUCCUUCACUUAUUCCAACUAUGGACAAUGUACAUCCAGGAGGAUAUGAUGGACGUCCUGUUGCUCCAUACCCUUUUCCGACUGGUGCGUUUCCUCCACCUAUGCAAGGAGCUAUGAACCCCUGGCCUGGUAUGAUGGACAACUCUAAGCAGUGGGAUUACUACCCUCGGCGAGACAAGGAGAGGGAAAAAGAGCGAGACAGGGACAGGCAGAGGGAGCAGCGGGGCCACGAGAGAGAACAUAGUCCCUCCUCAGUGGCUUAUAAUAGUGAUGAAGAGCGGUAUCGUUACCGUGACUAUGGAGACAGAGGGUACGAGAGGCAUCGGGAGCGGACUAGCCGUGAGAAAGAGCAUCAUAGGGAAAGGAGGCACAGAGAGAAGGAGGAGGGGAGGCACAAGUCCUCACGGAGCAGUAGCAGGCGGAGACAUGACAGCGAGGAGGGUGACGGUCACCGGCGCCACAAGCACAAGAAGUCCAAAAGGAGCAAAGAGGGCAAGGAGCCCAGCGAGGAGCAUUCUGUUGACCAGGAGAACCAAGAGGCCAUGGAGUAACUCCUGUCCCUCCUGUCUGCUCUUCUUUCUUUCGAUUGUCAGAGCGCUGGUUAUCAACCAAAUCAUGCUAAAUGAAACUAUAGUCCAGUUUACCUUCCUUUCAUUUUCAUGUUUCAUUUUAGGUUUUGUUCUGUUUUUUCCAGUGCAGUUGUACAAUGUAGAUGUUGAUUUGUUAGAUUAAAAAAGAGCAUU